UCAUUGAGUGUCACUCUGCAAGCUUGCCGACUUACCGGGUAACAGGAGUGUCUAAUGCAAACUGCAUACUGACCCUAAUAUCCGAUUCGACAUUAUCCGCCAAGUGGCAGAAUCUGCCAAGUGUCUAGAAAGGUGGAGCGGUGAUUGCUUUGCUGCUUUUGCUUAUAUGAACCAGAGGGUGACAGAACCUUGUACGUGUUUUACUGUAUCAAUGGGGUGACAAAAAGAUGAUAAUCUGUAGGAGAUCAUCCAAAUUGGUAACUGAGAUCGAACCUAUUCUCUCGUUGUGAUACCAAAUAGAAUUUAUAUCAAAAUCCAGAAACUCAUUGGUCUGUUAAAUUGGGCACUGUAGGGAUGCUCCUAUUACAUGAACAAAGUACAAAUUACUAGUAGUCAAAAUGUGCUGCCUCCUUAGAUAGUUUUCUCUAUCAUCAAUUACUGUAAAAAUGUUACUGUCGGGGGAAGAAUGUCGGAGGUAUGAGUCUGUCCGCUGGAAUGGCCCUAAACAAGACCAGACAGUUGCAACAAAGAGCACCAAGACAAAGCUUCUUUGUAGAUAUCCGUGCUUAUUCUGAUAAUUUUGCUCAAUCUCAUUAUGGAGCCUGCUUUUGAGGCUAUGUCCACACAGUUAUCAAGCCUUUAUCCAGUGCGCGACAAAGGUCAGGACCUUAUGUACACGGACACAUGACCUGAAUUACAAUUCCCAGCCCGGACAGCUAGCCCCAUACGUCCUGUGGAGCAGCUCUUGUGGGGCCGCUGAACCAACAAUCUAGUGACGUCUAUAUUUAACGGCGCUGUCCUAUCUCUGGGGUUCUGACCAUGGCGUCAGCUGUGUUCGGACCAGCUACGUUCUGUGCUGUUACAGGAGGGAGUCGGGGGCUGGGCCGGAGCAUCGCCGUGCUGCUGGCGGGGCGACUGGGGCAGGGCUCCCGCCUGGUACUGACAGGUCGCUCCCUUCAGGGUCUACAAGAAACCAAACGGCAGGUGGAAGAGAAGAGCCCGAAUCAACUGGAGGUGAAGCUGGUGACGGGGGAUCUGGAGGACUCCGCCGCCCACGCCGCUCACUUCUGUGAUAUAUUUGCAGACGCACAGCAAGGCACUUUUAAGAACGCCUUGAUGAUCCACAACGCAGCAACCUUGGGGGACGGUACCAAGAAGGCGUCGGAACAUUCGGACCCGCAGAUUCUGACUAAAUACUAUGCCGCCAAUCUGACGUCAGUCAUCACCCUGACUUCCAAGUUCAUGAAGAUAUUCCCUAGCACCACUGUCAGACGGACGGUCGUUAACAUCACUUCUGAUUCAGCCAUCAACCCCCUGGUGAACCACUCGCUGUACUGCAGCGGUAAGGCGGCCAGGAACAUGUUCUUCAAGGUGAUGGCAGAAGAGGACCCGGAUGUGCGCGUGCUAAGCUACUCUCCCGGCCCGCUGGACACCGACAUGUUGCACACAGUCAGGUCGUGUGGGAACAAAGGAGUGGAGGACCUAUUAACCUCCAUGGAGUCUUCCGGAAUGAUCCUGAGCCCUGCCGACUCCGCGGAGCACCUGCUCAACCUGCUGGAGAAGGACACUUUCCAGUCCGGAGACUUUCUCGACAUCUUCAACUUCAAGUACUGAAUUGUUUUCUAGAAUGAAACAUCAAUCUAACGAAUGUAUGAUCCACGAAGGCAAGAACAUUGCAACAAAAGAGCUGAACUGCGUACUCUGUUUACAAAAAAAAAAAAAAACCUGUUUACUAGUUUCACAAGUAACAGCUCACCAUUUGUAAAGGGCGAGCUGCGUUCAUUUACAUGGUUAUCAGAACGGAUUGUAGGUCAGGAGUAGCAACAGGGAUGAGGACGCUUUGGCUUGUUCUCAUUUAAAUGUCGAAAUGAUGUCGCCUGAAUUUACGCUUUGAUAUGGAGCAAAUUAUAGACAACAUCACUGGUUCCUUUAUUUUUCCACAACCCCUGCAAUGUUUUACACAAGAU